AUGGCUAACCUUACAAAACUUGAGUUUGUUGCCCUUGAUAUUUCGAGCAAGAAUUAUCUAUCAUGGGUGCUAGAUGUUAAAAUCCAUCUGGAUGCUAUAGGUCUUGGAGACACCAUUAAAGAAAAAAAUAAAGCAUCCAACCAAGAAAAUGCCAAGGCUAUGAUAUUCUUGCGUCAUCACCUUGAUGAGGACCUAAAGAUUGAAUAUCUUACUAUUAAGGAUCUGCUCAUUUUAUGGAAAAACUUGAAAGAAAGAAUUACUUCUAUAUUGACACUAUGUGGAGGAACGAUUAGUGAUUCUGAUAAGCUAGAAAAGACGUUCUCCACUUUUCAAGCCUCGAAUGUGCUCCUGCAGCAGCAAUAUCGAGAGAAAGGUUUCACAAAGUAUUGUGAUUUGAUUGCUCAUCUUCUUGUGGCUGAACAAAAUAAUGAUUUGCUGAUGAAAAAUCACGAGAAUCGACCUACUGGCGCUGCACCAUUUCCUGAAGUGAAUGAAGUGUAUGCCCACUACUCUAGGCGUGGAAAAGGUCAUGGCCCCGGUCGUGGUCAUGGUCAUGGUCAUGGCCGUAGUCGUGAUAAUGGUCAAGGAAGAAAUAAUUUCCCUAGCGUUAAUCAUUCUUUGAAGAAAAAUUACUACCAAAAGGGGAAAAAGAAGGAUGAGGGGCAUGGAGUGCCAGAAGCUUUUGACUUAGAAAAUAAAUGCCAUCGUUGUGGUGGAAGUGGACACUAG